AUGUUCCAAGGCACACUUUCACCUCAUAUUGGUAAUCUCUCCUUCUUAGCAGCACUUAUUCUGGUGAACAAUAGCUUCUUUGGUUUCUUGCCUCAGGAGAUCAGUCGUCUACAUCGCUUGAAAAUGUUCCAGUUGCCAUUUAACCAAUUGGAAGGAAGCAUCCCGCCAGGUUUACAUAAAUGCCACCAACUUACACAUUUAUCUCUUAGAGCAAACAAGUUAAGCGGUAGCAUACCCAAAGAUUUGGGCAUGUUGCCCAUGCUUCGCAAAUUAGAUCUCAGUCGAAAUAGUUUUAUGGGUGCAAUUCCAUCGUCCCUCAGUAAUCUAUCGUCCAUAGAGGCCUUGAAUUUGGAAUACAACAACCUCAUUGGUCCAUUUCCUUUUGACCUCUUUAACGUAUCUUCUCUAGUCAUGAUUGCUCUUUCAGAAAAUCACCUGUCAGGAACUCUACCCAUGGAUCUUUGCCGCAACUGUCCUAAUCUUCAACAAGUUUAUCUCUCAGGAAACAAAUUUAGCGGUCAGAUCCCUUCGCAAUUGAAUUCCUGUAGAGAGCUUAUCGACUUGUCCCUUUCAUACAAUAAAUUUGAAGGGGGUAUUCCAAAAUCUUUUGGCACUUUACAGAAGCUUGGAGGGCUAGUUCUUGGAGGUAACUAUUUAACUGGCAACAUACCUCCUACCUUAAGUAACUUGUCCAUGUUAUAUGCCUUUGGAAUUGAGACUAACAACAUUAAGGGAAGCAUUCCAAGAGAAUUAGGGCUUCUCCCGAAUCUUAUAAUAUUGGAUGUCGGAGAUAACCCUCUCACGGGUGCAAUACCCAACUCAAUUUUCAACAUGUCUUCUCUACAAGAAAUCUACAUGGCAAAUUGCUCCUUGUCUGGAAAUCUUCCAUUAGAUGCUGGGCUAUCUUGCCCUAAUCUUGAAUAUCUAAUCCUAAAUACCAACGAACUCAAUGGUCGUAUCUCAUCUUCUCUUUCAAAUUGUUCCCAGCUCGUCGCAGUAGAUUUUAUUGAAAACUUACUCUCAGGACCAAUUCCCGCAAGUCUUGGAAACAUGAAGUACCUCCAAAAACUUUUUUUGAGUUUAAACCAGCUAACAGGGGAGCCUAGUUUAUUAUCAUCUUUAUUUAAUUCAACAUCUUUGGAGGUGGUGCGUAUAGGCGGCAAUCCAUUGGAUAUUAGCCUUCCAUAUUCCAUUGGAAAUACUUCAGCUUCACUUCAAACCCUUAUUGCAUCUCUUUGCCAAAUAAAAGGUCAUAUUCCUAUGGGAAUCAGUUCCUUGACAGGCUUGAUCAACCUUGAUUUGAGCAAUAACUAUUUGAUCGGGAACAUGCCAUCUUCAUUUGGGAGAUUGGGGAAGCUACAAAGAUUGGAUGUUAGUAAUAAUGGGAUUGAAGGAUUCAUUCCAGAAAAUUUAUGUCAGUUAGAGAAUUUGGGAGCGUUGGAUUUCUCAAAUAAUAAAAUCUCUGGAUCCAUUCCAGAUUGCAUUUCAAACCUCACUUUUCUACGGAGGCUAUACCUUGGUUCUAACAAAUUGAAAUCAUCAAUACCAUUAAAUGUAUGGCUUUUGGAAAGCCUGUUGUUUCUGGAUCUAUCAUCGAAUUCCCUUGGUGGAUAUCUGCCUCCGAAUAUGAAACAGGCAGAAACUAUUGAACAUAUAGAUUUAUCACGAAACCAGAUUACCGGUAACAUUCCAAGCAUCAUUGGAGCAUUCGAAAGCCUGUGA